AUGUCCAACGCAAGACCAGAGAAGCCAUCUGAAGAUGAAAAGAUCCUCAGUUCUGAACCCAACGUGAAUGGGGCGGUCAAGGACAGCUCCAAAGUUGAUUAUGCUCCAAAAGGGCAGGACCCUAGCAAAUUCCAAUACUACCCCGAAAACCCAGAAUCUGGCGUAAACAGACUCAUGUUUGCCAUCAAGGGCCCGAGCCAGUACUAUGACCCCUGCCAGGAGUCCGCUCAGAUGAGUCUCAAUUGCCUGGACAGAAAUGACUACAACAAGGACCUCUGCAAGGAAUAUUUCGACGCUUACCGAGAGUGCAAGAAGCAAUGGCUUAAAUCCAGAAGACAGGACAGAUCACAGUGGGAGUAA